AUGGAUCUGGGUGAAUCACAUCCUCCAAAAGGAAUAUUUGUAUGCCACCUAUGCGGACUAUCGGUUCCAUAUACUUAUUUUGGCCAAAGGCCACCAAAUGCACACUCUGUAAUAUUUUUGGAAGAAUGUUAUGUCACGGUGGAUCCUUUCACUCCUGAGAGAGAAAAAGUUCUGGUUCUUGGUUCAAUAUGCAGCUUAUGUAAAACAAGUGGUCUGUGUUGGCACGGAAUGCAGCCUCUUUUACUCCAAACGAUUUUGUCUACCUUGUUUUAUGAAGAACAAAAGUGAAUUUCCGCCUGAAAUCCGGCAAGAUUUGGAGAAAAAGGCCCAGUCAAGGUGA